GACUGCACCGGUGGGAAAUGCAGGCCCUACUCUUCCUGUUGUCCCUUCUCUUGCCUCCUGGAGCUGGAGCUGAGGAGAUUAUUGGAGGUGUGGAGUCAAAACCACACUCCCGCCCUUACAUGGCCCAUCUGGAGGUCCUCACUGAUGGAGGUUUCACUGCCAGCUGUGGAGGGUUUCUCAUAAGUGAAGAAUUUGUGAUGACGGCUGCACACUGUAAAGGAAGAGAAAUUACUGUCACUCUUGGGGCUCAUGAUGUGAGCAAGACAGAAUCCACACAGCAGAAGAUAAAAGUAAAAAAACAAAUCGCUCACCCACAGUACAGCUUAUACUCCAAUCUGCACGACAUCAUGUUGCUGAAGCUUCAAAGAAAAGCUAAGCUCACUCCGGCUGUGAGUACAAUUGCCCUGCCUAGCCCAUCUGACUUCAUUAUACCUGGAAAAAUGUGCCGUGCAGCUGGAUGGGGACGAACUGGAGUGACACAGCCGACAUCAGAAAGACUGAUGGAGGUGAAACUGAGAAUCAUGGCAAAACAGGCCUGUAAAUCCUACAAGAAAUUCAACUAUGACCUCCAAGUCUGUGUGGGCAGUCCCAGAAAGACAAGAUCUGCAUACAGGGGAGACUCUGGAGGACCUCUACUGUGUGCUGGGGUGGCCCAUGGUAUUGUAUCAUAUGGACGUCUAGACGCAAAACCCCCUGCAGUCUUCACCCGGAUCUCCGCUUAUGUGCCCUGGAUUAAUGCAGUCAUAAGGGCAAGUAGCUAAAAAGCCUUGUGAGCCUGAGUCAGGAUCUCCAAGUCAGAGGUCUUCUGGUACCCCUUGGGUGACUGCUCCUAGCCUAAACUGAUCUUCCCCCACGCUAUCUCCAGACUGUCCCCAGUCUCUUUGAGUCUGGCCCUAGCCUGUUCCCCAGGCUGUCCCA